UUCCUUAAUUUUCCUUAAUCUUCCGUUUUUUUUUUAUUUACACCAAUACAAGAGAGAAGAUGUCAGAUCCUUCUUCCCUAUUUCCCCGACCUAAUUCUUCGCUUUUCCUUCCCCACGAUGUUACGAAUCUUCCACCUAUCUUCCUCCCCAGAUUCCUCCCAUCAUUCAUCUGCUGCUUCAAAUGAGGAUUUACACGCUCAACAGCUGGAAGAAGAGCUGCGAUCAACAGCAUUCAAUGAAUAUGAACAUGAAUUGCGCUCAAGCCAAGGGGGUAUUUUGCUAUUUAAGCACUACCGUAGAGGCAGACACUCACCACAGAAUAACUGUGAAAUUUUAUUUAUUUUCUCUAAAAUUUACUCUGUUACUCUAGUUGUCUGUUCAAGUCCACCUUCAGCAAUGGAAUCUCGCCUUUUAAUCCCCCAAAUAACAACUAAGAAAAAACAAUGGAGUUGUAAAGUUUGUGUUAUUGAAAAGUUGAAUACAAGAGAGUCAAAGAGCAAACCUGGAACCUUGUACAAGCCUAUAACAUUACAAGAUGAAGCGGGCAACAAAGUUCAAGGAAUGACUUAUCAAAAUGAUAUUGAACUACUUGAUGAAAGGCUCAUUGUCUCUAAUGCAUUAGUCUCUCGUGCUAAUCAAUUUUUCAAUGUCCCAGAUGAGAUGUAUAGAUUUGUUUGGUCAAUUAAUAGGAAAACUCUAAUACAAGCAGUCGACAAUGACGACCAAUUGGAUUUACAACCUUCUUCUGACAUGGAUACAAAACCCUUUGGACAAUUAUAUGAUUACAAAUCUAAAAGACAAGCAAUAAAUAUCAUUGGAGUCGUGAUUUCUAAACUACCAAGAGAAUUUAUUGUGACCAACAGGACAGGACAACAAAAAGCCAACGACUUUGUGAUCGUUGAUGAAGAGCUUAAACCUAUCAUUUUCACAAUGUGGGGAAAUUUUACGGUUUGCCAAGGAGUUGAAAUUGACAAAGAGCUCCGAUCAGGAGAUUAUCCCGUUGUUCUUGGAAGAAGGAUUACUGUCACCCCAUAUCAAGGAAUUUCCUUAUCUACAAGAACGGACUCGGGUGUAGAAGUGAAUCCGUUCGGUAAACGUGCUGAUGCUCUUAAAGAAUGGGCGAAGACUAAUUCUUUAGUUAUUGAAAGAUUGAUUGUUGAAAAAGCACAUAACAAUGCUGGAAGUGAAAUGGCAAGCCCUCUUGAUCAACAAAUAUCACCAAUUUCAUAUUUAAAGAAGUCAUUUGAACAGUCAAAAGGAGUUUGGGUUAAAUCAAAGAUCACACUCAUAGAUAACGGAAAUCUUACCUACUAUAUUGGUUGCAACAAUUGUGAUAAGAAAAUUAAUUGUAAUGAUGAAGGUAUUAAAUUCCAAUGUAUGUUUUGUGGUCAUGGAAAUGCGGUUUCUAUCAAGAGGACUCGAGCGGACUAAGAUUAUUUUAUAAAGAUGCUCAUCAUUGGCGACAUCUGUUAGUUUCCUUCUUCCAAUAAAGUUUUCACACAUUUGUAGUUUCAUUAUCCCUUUAGUUAUUCAGAGAAUGACUUGUUAAUGUAUGGCAUAUGUUUUGCCCACAAUGGUUAAUUCAUCUGUUGGGAUAUAAUGUCAAUUCUCAUGGGCAGGUUUGGUUUACAACAUGCUUUUAUCCUAAUAAUAUUCUUACUGAACUCCAAGCAAAAGAAGGAUUUUGAGUCUAAAAUCUACAUCUAUUGAUAUAUUUUAUAGUGAGGUGAAAGACGAUAAUCUCCCGAGAUCAGUUGAUAUUACACAAUGUGACCAUACAUAAUCUUUGACAUUGGUGAAAAGUCAGACAAAAUAAAUCAGUAAUGAAUAAUUGUGGCCCUUCUCAACCUACUAUUGAUCGAGCUGAGCGAAAUAGAAAAGACAGAGAAAAGUAUGCUUGAAAUGUUGCUCAACGUGAGAGUAGAAAUCUCAAGCGUAGACUUGCACUUGAUGCCUCUGCUAAAGAAAAAGAAAAAAGGUUGUCAGAUGCUCGUGGAGCGAAUCAUAGCAAUGCAAUUCCAGGUACUUACAAUAUACUCAACUUUCACACUUACAUUACCCAUAUUUCUUUUAUAUAUUUUAUAAUUUUCAUCUUAUAAUAAACUAAUUACUUUACACUUGCUUUGCCAAAUUAAUUCACAUAUUUUUACCAAAAUAUAUUAAAACUAAAUUUAUGCUACUCUGUAUACAAAUACGUACAUAUGCCUCCAUGUUAAAAAUCAAAAUAAAAAAAAAAUUAUUCCAAUUUUUUACACACUUAGUGAGAAAUUCAAAUGCCUCCCAACAUAAUCCAUUUACAUUGUCUCCAAUGAAUGAUUGUACUUAUUGUGGGGCAAAACGCUUUCAAUACGAACCACCGGGCUUCUGUUGUUCGCGUGGCCAAAUUACGCUCAUCUCAAAUGAAAUGCCUACAAUUUUAAGGAAUUUAUUUGUUGGUCAACAUUCUGCUGCAAAGCAUUUUCAAGAAUCUGUCAGACCCUAUAACAAUACAUUUGCAUUUACUUCUAUGGGAAUACAAAACUAUGAUAAAGACCUAUGCAGAAGAAAUAAAGGAAUCUACACAUUUAAAGUUCAAGGUCAGAUGUAUCACUUUGUGAAUGAUUUGUUACCAAAUGGUUGUCCUCCUCGCAAUUUGCAACUCUAUUUCUUUGACACUGAACAUGAACUUGAGAACAGACUUCAAGGUGCUGAUAGGAUGGACAGAGAUAUUGUUAGUGCACUUAGUAUGGACCGUAUGAAUUUCCUGACAUAAGUUGAAGCUACCUUAUUAAAAAAAUGUAGACUGCUUCUUUGGGAUGAAGCUUCUAUGGCUAACCGUCGGGCUAUUGAAAGCGUUGAUACAACGCUUAGAGAUAUUAUGGACACCGAACAAAUUUUUGGAGGAAAAGUAGUUGUUUUUGGAGGUGAUUUUCGACAAACAUUGCCGGUUAUUAGAUAUGGGAAGAAAGAAGAUUUCAUUGAAGCGAGUUUGGUUAAAUCACCCUUAAUUUGGCCAACUAUCCGACGAUUAAAAUUGGUCCACAAUAUUCGUGCAAACGAGGAUCCGGCUUUUUGUGAGUACUUGAUGAAGAUUGGCGAUGGAACUGAACAAUUAGUUGGUCGAGACAAGAUUAAGAUUCCAUCUUCAUUCAUUAUUCCAUGUACGAAUGAGGAUACCUCUCUUGAUGCUUUAUUCCAAUCCGUAUAUCCUAACUUAACGUGUUUCGAGACUGAUCCUUAUUCAUUAAUGAGCAAAGCCAUCUUAACACCUAAAAAUGAGAUUGCGGAUGAAAUUAAUUCUAUCUUAAUAGAUAGAUUCCCGGGAGAAAGUAAGUGCUAUGUUAGUUUUGACGAACCACUUGAUUCGAAGCAAAUGCAUUGUAAAGAUUAUUUGCACACUUUAUCCCCAGCUGGCCUGCCUCCUCACAAGUUAAUUCUGAAGAAAAAUUGCCCUAUAAUUUUAUUGAGAAAUCUGAACCCAUCUGAAGGAUUGUGUAACGGGACAAGAUUGGUUUGUGAUUCGUUUGAAGAUCAUCUCAUAAGUUGUUUGAUUGCAGUUGGUGAAUACAAAGGAAAGCAUGUCUUCAUUCUAAGAAUUCCUCUAGAGCCAUCAAAGGAUGAAAAUUGUCCAAUACCAUUUAAGAGGACACAAUUUCCUAUUAAAAUCUGUUUUGCCAUGACCAUUAACAAAGCUCAAGGACAAACACUAGAUUUCGUUGGAAUUUACUUGAAAGGGCCGGUUUUUAGUCAUGGACAAUUAUACGUUGCUAUGUCUCGAGCAAAAAAGGCCGAAUCUGUCAAGAUGAUUAUAUUCAGCGAUGACGGUCAAAACAAACUGACCAAUAUCACAAAUAAUAUUGUUUAUCAAGAAAUCCUCGAGUACAUUUCUCAGAGCACAGUUACACGAAACAAAAAUUAGCACCAUGUCUCACGUUUAUUGAUGUUUUCUGUAUAACAAUCUGUGCAAGAUGUUGAAUUGAGACAGUUGAAUUCAAGUGUUAUGUAUAUCUAUACAUGACAAAUCCUCUAUGGUUCAAUACAUUAGUGUGAUAUAUCAUUCAAAACGAGAGCAUGUAAUUUUUAAAUUCAAUUUACUCUUUUUUAUUGUUCUUAAACUUUUUAUAUUAAGUUUCCUAGCUUAUUGAUUGAUGAGUAAUACAGUUUUUAAUAAUUAUUUUCA